GCCACAGCAGGCACAGUUUAACAACGUUUAAAAAUAACUUCUCUCAGUACGAGUUAGACAAACACUUGCAGAGAAAAUGAAAAGCACAGUUCUCUCUUCAUGAAAUGAAGAGCAGUCACCUCCCCCCAGUUGUCCGGAGAAUAACUCAUGUUUAGCAAGACGACAGAGACAUAAAGAAGCAGUUUGACUGAAGUAAUUUCCUUCCUGGUGUCAGUAACCACAGCAUAUUACUGGAGUGCUGCUGCAUUUUUACUCUUGGGGGAAGUUAAACAAGGGGCGCAGUAUUCUCUCUGAUUUAACGCACACACUCAGUCGGCAUGGUGAAGAAGAAAAAAAGAAGAAGAGGGAGGGAAGGAAAAGAUUUCGGUCACGUGGCCACGCAGUCACUCUGAAAGUAUGCUGGUGGGUUUAUAGCCCACAGAAAUAUAAAAGAGGCGCACAGUGAGCGGUCGUGUCCAUGCAACGAGCAUCGUCGUCACAGCUUUUGAGUCAAUUAGCAGCGUCUGGCUGGAGGAUUCAAAACAGGAGGCGAGAGUGGGUGACGACGGCAGAAAAAUGUCUGAAGGUGGAGACUCAUUAUCGACCCUUCCUCCAGUUUCCAACAGCUCUACUGUCAUCAAUGUCACCACGAUCGACACCUCCACCACCACCACCACCACCACUGCCUCCCCUUAUAAUGACAUCAUCAAGGCCAACGACAUAACCUCCAGAGCAAACUAUGUCUACAGUUUCUUUGCAGGUCUGGGAUUCUUGGCGGGCUGCUUCCUGCUCUACAGCUUCGUCCAGACCUACAGAGCACACAGACGCUUGGCCUGGCUCGACUGCCUGCUCUGGGCCUUCUGUGGCUUCCAGCUGCUGCUCCUGCUGCUCUCCCUCCACGCUGUGGCCCACAGACCCGACUACCUGCAGACUUCAGCACUGAACUGUGCCGCUCUCUCCUUCGUCAUCAACACAGCGUCUAUGUGUGGCCUGUUUGUAUUAGUGCUCAUGGCUUAUGUGCUGACCCUCGACCCGCCCUCUCACGCCCUGCUGCGGAGGCCCGGGGUCUGUGCAGCGCUCGUGAUCGUGACUUCUGUCCUGAUCGCUCUAGUGCUGGCUGGGAUCCGUGGACCCAGAGAUCCCCUCCAUGAAGCCCAGAGGUGUUUUAUGGAUCCAGCCCAAGCUUGCGUUUCAUAUGCAGCUGCAAAGUUGUGUCUGGCUUUUUUGAUUCCCUACAUCCUCCACUUAGGACUCCUGAUCUGCGGCUGUGUGCGACAGUGGAAAUCUAAAGGACGUUUCCUCUCUGGCUCAGAGGAGGGGCCAGUGUUCCUGACCGUCACCGUGGUCAUGUUUACGUGUCUGCUGUUCUACAACGUGGUGCUGGUGAGAGCGGCGCAACUGCAGAAGGUGAAGGGGCUGAGCAAUUAUGAGCAAGCGUUUCUGAGCGUGGCCGAGUUUGUGAUGUUCUCGGGGAGCAGUGUCAGCCUGCUGCUCGUGCUGCUCAUGCACCGGCCGUGUCGAGAGAGUCUCCACGGAGCGUUCAGGCAGCUGAGGGACUGCUGUCGGAGCUCCGGGCGAACGCAGCCCAACAGGAACAUCAUCGCUCCACACAUCGAGAUCACAGACACGCUGCAGGACAUAGAGUCAUAGACAGAAACUCAGCCGUGUGAGGACAGAACUCGACUAAUGCAUCAGAGGACAAACUCUUAAAGACCGCACGCAUUAGACAUUUUCAUAAUCAACGAUUUAACCUGCUUUUGCUGUUUGUUUCCCUCUGAAUUUGUCGUGCAAACAGGUGUUAUUUAUCACAUGUGUGACGCUGAGGAAACUAAAUGGAACUCGGCCGCCGGUUUGUUUAUUUCUACUGUGACCUGUCAGACUGGCUGCUGUGCAAAGGGCCCAGAGAUAAGACGAGCUUUCUCCCAUCGAGUGUCUCCAGUGACUGAAAAUCAGACCCUAAAGCUAUUGUCCAAAUAGAUUUUUUUUGUAUAUUUGUAUUUCACAGAAAUAAAUAUUUUGCUAUGCAUCUUCAGAACUGUGAAACAAUGUAUGCAGUCAUUUUGUCCAUCCACCUUCUACUGCUUUAUCCUCCACCCUGGGCAUGUUUCCACCGGCUCUACUCGCCUCAGAAAGUUCCCACUAGCAUAGUCGGGACUUUUUUUAGUGCCUGCUCUGGUGAGGUUCCAAGUGCACUGAGUAGGUAACACGCGUGACGUCACCACGUCACUGCUGGCCACUGAUUGCCGUCACAGGAAGAGACGUCCGACACAAGAAUCAAGCCGAACAAUACCAAACUGUAGAUCAGUUAAAACGAUUUAACAAUCCUAAAAACAUGGGUUAAUCUCCAACUAUUACCAGGGAAAUGUCUCAAAUCUCAAUAUUUAACAGAGGAGUCUGGUGUAUUU